UAUUUUCAUGCCAGCUCUGUCCAAAUUUUAGUGUAUGUUCAAGGGUAGCAGAUUUUAGGGAUUUGAAGUGUUAGAACAUCUUGGCAAUAUCAUCAUAUAUAUAGCACGUGUGGAAGCACUAGUUUAAGACUAGUUGAUCCAAUUAUCUUGCAUUGACAGGUUCUCUGAAUAUACACGAAAUAAUGGCCUUCCAGAGUCAGUGCUACGCCCCUCUGAUGAAGCCCCAGCUGGCCCGAGAGUCUCGGCCAGCCCUUCUCUAAGCGCGAUACAGAUUGCAGGUUUGCCUUACACCAGUAUGCAUGCUCAUUGCAUAAGCUAGUAACCUCUAGUAUUUUUUUCAUUUUUCAUCCUGCUUGCAUCAUGCCUGCUAACUUUUUAUGUGCCACCAUUUUUUGUGUAUGUUUGAGGACGUUUUUAGGGAUCCUGUUUCUUUUUUGUGCCGUUGCGUCAAAUGGAAAUUUGAACCCCGUUCUUAAUUUUGUGAGAAAUAUAUAUAUGCUAGUGCAUAUUUGUACACUGAGCUCUAAAUAACGGGGAUUGUUUCUUCUGGGGUCUUUUACUACCAUAGGGGGAUUCAUUUGUCAUCUUAAUAAUGGUAAUUGUUGUUUACUUGAAACCUAGCUGAACAAAGUUGAACUAUAAAUUUGCCAUGUUUCAAAAUACUAGACGGUUUAGUACUUUUUUCCCGAAACCUUUCUUCUCCAAAUGGAAGAAAACUUUCCAGGAUUCUGCAUUAAAAAUAUCGGUGUCUCGAUGUGAUCUGAUCAUCAGAAUGCAGGAACCAUAUUGAAUUUUUCUAGGGAAGUAUCUGACCGUUGCUUGUCUUGAUCUAAUUAUCUGCAAUCCACAGGCUAUGGAGCUGCACUUGCAGUGGUGGCAGGAACGACCUUGCUUGGGCCACCUUCUCUUCGAUCACCCCAAAUAACCAGGAGGCGUCCCUCGGUGGUUUCGAUGGCUCAACGCCACAAUGCUAAGGUGUCGGGUCUAAGAGCAGCACACCCUCCCGCGGUUACUCCUGGCCAAGGAUUCAGGUCAAAAGAGCAACAUUUGAGGAUUUCAUCGUCGAGAGGAAAAAGGAUGCUCGUUUCGUCACCAGAGCAAUGCUUGAGGGUUUCACUGAGCACGCGUUAGAUGUCAUGGCUCUCGCACAAGAGGAGACACGGCUUUUUUUAGGCCAACACAACCUUGCAACGUAGCGCGUAUCGUCGCACACACCGUUGUUAUAGUUGAGGUGGGCUAUGCGCUUAAAGUGCAUUUAGAUUUUAGAGUCCUACUUAUGUAUGUCUAGCUGUGGUUCAUGCUUGAUUUUUGUCGUAAAUUUGUCUUGCAUCGCAGAUCUUCCGAAGGAUUUUUCAAGCCACACGUGGUCAAGCAGUUGGUGCUCGUGUUGUGGCAGGAAGCAGUGAAGCUAAGAUGCCGACACUCGAGGCGUAUGGGACGAAUCUUACAAAGUUAGCACAGGAGGGAAAGUUAGCACCUGUUGUCGGAAGGGAAAAGGAGAUCGAGAGUGUCACACAAAUCUUGGGCAAAAUGAAGAAGAAGAACCCCUGCCUGAUUGGAGAGCCCGGUGUUGGGAAAACGGUGAUAUUCGAAGGGCUUGCUCUACGCAUCGCUGCCGGGGAUGUGCCUGAAACAAUUCAAGGGAAAACGGUUCUUAUCAGUCUUGAUAUGGGGCUCCUACUUGCUGGUACCAAAUACCGCGGAGAGUUUGAAGAAAGGCUGAAGAACUUGAUGGAAGAGAUCAAACAGAACGGCGAGAUAAUAUUGUUCCUUGAUGAAGUUCACACUCUGGUAGGAGCAGGAGCAGCAGAAGGUGCUAUCGACGCGGCCAACAUUCUGAAGCCGGCACUGGCAAGAGGUGAAAUUCAGUGUAUCGGAGCCACCACAUUCGACGAAUACGCCAAGCACAUUGAGAAAGACCCUGCGCUGGAGAGGCGCUUCCAGCCUGUGAAAGUUCUAGAGCCCACGGUUGAUGAAGCCAUAGGAAUUCUCAAAGGGCUCGUGGAGCGGUACGAGGAACACCACAAGGUCAAGUAUUCCAAGGAAGCGCUAAUCGACGCCGCUAGGCUCUCGCACCGAUACAUCAGUAAUCGUUUCCUCCCGGAUAAAGCCAUCGACUUGAUUGAUGAGGCGGGAUGUCAAGUCAGGCUACGUCAUGGCAAGGUACCUGAGGAAGUCAAAGAUCUCUGCAAGAAGCGCGAGGAAAUCAUCAAACGGAGGGACGACGCCGUCCGUUGCCAGAAUUUCGAGCUGGCGAAAGAGCUUCACAUGGAAGAGCUGGAGCUCACGUCCCAGAUCACGUCUGCCGUGCCGAUGGUCACCGAGGCUGACAUCCAGCGCGUCGUCUCCUCAUCAACAGGCAUCCCCGUGGAGAGGGUCUCCGCGGACGAGUCGGCCGGGCUGCGAACGAUGGAGGAGACCCUACACCGGCGCGUCGUCGGCCAGGACGAGGCCGUCAAGGCGGUGAGCCGCGCCAUGCGCCGCUCGCGCGCCGGCCUCCGGGACACCGGCCGGCCGAUCGCCAGCUUCGUGUUCGCCGGCCCGACGGGCGUGGGCAAGACGGAGGUCGUCAAGGCGCUCGCCGCGUGCAACUACGGCUCGGAGGAGGCCAUGGUCCGGCUCGACAUGAGCGAGUACAGCGAGCGGCACGCGGCCGCGAAGCUGGUAGGGGCGUCCCCGGGCUACGUCGGGUACGAGGAGGGCGGGCAGCUGACGGAGGCGGUGCGCCGGCGGCCGCACGCGGUGGUGCUGUUCGACGAGAUCGAGAAGGCGCACAAGGACGUGUACAACCUGCUGCUGCAGGUGCUGGAGGACGGCAAGGGGAGGACGGUGGACUUCCGGAACACGAUCAUCAUCAUGACGUCCAACGCCGGCAGCGGCGGCGACGGGGAGAUGACGGGCGUGAUGGUCGAGAAGGACAUGAAGGAGAAGCACGGGUUCCCACCGGAGUUCCUGAACCGGCUGGACGAGGUGAUCGUGUUCCGGGAGCUCACCAAGCCGGAAAUAAAGGAGAUCGCCUCCAAGAUGCUGGAGGAGGUCGUCCGCCGGAUGAGGGAGAAGGGGAUGGAGCUGCGGGUGACGGAGAGGUUCAAGGAGCUGGUGGCCGAGGAAGGCUACGACCGCAGCUACGGCGCGCGGCCGCUGCGGAGGGCCAUCACCAGGCUGCUGGAGGACAGGCUCGUAGACAUGAUGCUCGCCGGGGAGGCCAGCGAAUGGGAUUCGUUGACUGUAGAUGUUGACUCCGAUGGGAACGUGGUCGUCCACAACCGACGGGCUGGCCGACCCGUGUGUUUCUCUUAGGGCCUUUUUUUUUGAGAACUCCUUAACUCUUGCUAUCAACAAUUGUCUUUUUUUUUUAAGCAUUGCUAUCAAAUUGUCAAGUAUUUCUUUUCGUGAUCGGCCUUAGGUUGAAUGCUGAUGUGGAGAUGCCUAGCUGAAUAUUUUGUGAUGCUUCCAUAGUCAUGAGUAGAUCUGAACAAGUUGAUGAAACACGGACUACAAUAUAGACACGCACGUACUAAGAAUCGAAACUCGCAAAGAUUCAAGCUUGUUGAUGUAGCUUGCGGCCCAAAGGUGGGCGGGCCGUAUACUAUAUAAAAUUUCAUGGGUUGAGCAGGCCACGGCCCAUUCGGCCUUGUUGAAGCUCGGCAGAGGUGAGACUAACACCUCACUAUCAACAAAAACUUCGCCUUCGGUUGUUGAGGGGCUCGCUGGCCA